AUGACGACCAGCAAAGUGGAGAGGUAUGGUCCACGAAUUAUGGCGGUGUUGAAGUCGUUUUGGAAGGAGGUCGACGAUCGUGACGAGGCCGAAAUGCGGCUACAACUUGAAAAGUUGAAAGACGUCCAACCGGCAGCUCCAUUACCGUCGCUUUCUUCAUCGGUGGAUGCAGGUAGUUCGUCAGCCACAUCAUCCUCUGGUCCAAGCGGCAAGUACGCCCCACGUUUUGGUCGUUCCAAUAGUGGCAGAGGACGUGCAGGCGGUAAUUUUGGUCGACCGAAAGCCACCCCUCGACUGAAGAAAAAGGCCAGCCGUGGCAGUAGUCAGGGAUCAAGCGGCGGCACGCGUACUAAACGAGUACGGCCAUCAUUCAAACCUCCGACACGUGGUCGAGGAGCAAAAGUGGGCCGAGCAGCGCCGCCACUCAAUCCGGCGAUGUUCCCCGUCUAA